CGCCAGUGGGUGGCGGUAAUGUGUAACAUUGCGCGCUACAGCAGACAAUAUGCAAGAGAAGAAGAAAUUCAGGAGGGCCGUUUGAAAAGAUUCACAGCGCAUGAGAGACUGCGCGUAAUGUUUGUAUCGCUGUAAAACUGUACAAUUGAGGAUGUUUUAGUAUAUCAAGAAAUGCGACAUUUUUAAUCCUUCUGCGACCUCGAGUUCAGAUAAUGGCUGGAGAACUUUCGGGUGUUUUGAGGGGCCAAUCCUUCUAUCUGCAUGACGUGAAGAGACAUCAGUCUGUCACACUAACUGACAUCAUCAGCCGUCUGGGAGGGAAAGUGGACAGUUUUCUCACCAAGGAUGUGAAUGUAGUUGUGACAGGCAUUAAAGCACCUCAUAGUGAUUUGAAGGUGGAUGGUUCCUGUACUGCAGGGGGGAAACAAAGUGGAACCCCCAAACCUCUGGUUUGUGGCAGUCGUGGAAAAGCGUUACUGGAAAAAGCAAUCCACAGCAAUGAGAAGUAUCAGAGCAGUGUGCUGGCUAAUGCUCGUUCAUGGGGAGUCAAGGUCUACAAUGUUGAAGAAUUUGUAAAGUUCAUCAAUCAUCUAAAUCAGAAAAUGAGGACAGCUAAGAAAAAAAGAAGCAAACUAACAGCUCCUCAUGUAAAAGCUGGAGUCUUGAGAGGUCCUUAUCUGAAAGUGGAGGACUACAGUCGGAAAUUCAGACCAUACUAUGCACAAACUCUGAGUUUCCCAGUGAUAAGUUUCUCAGGAAAAUUUAGUCCUUUUGAGCCCCUCAUUCCUCGGCAGUCUGGUAAAAGCAAGGAUUUGGAUUCCAGCAAGGACAAUUUCAGGAAGAAAGAACAAGCGACUAGCAGCUGCCAUAAUUUGCAAGCACCACGUACUGCAAGUGCCACACGCAGAGGCCUAACUAAGAAAAGUUCAGGCUAUUGUGAGUGCUGCAACAUCGUCUACAAAGACCAGUAUGAGCACUUGGAGUCUGAAAUGCAUCGUUCUUUCAUUCAAAAUGACAGUAACUAUGCUGUAGUAGACCAACUAACAGCUGCCAUGGUUGCUAGCUUUGUUUGUAAACCAAAUCUAGAAGUGGAUCCAACGCUGAUCAAGUCAUCAACAGGAUUCUCUCAAUUACAAUUGAGUAACUUGACUCCAAUGGUGGAGAGUUCUGUCAGCGAGAAUGAAAAAUCUCUUCAGACUACACUUGUUCAAGAAUGUGAUAGUCUACCGGCAAAUGCUGACAACAGAGGACACCCCUUUCCUAAACCUAUCCAGAAUAUGCCUGGUCAACAACAUACAACCUUGCAUCAUACAAUGCAAAACAACUCUCCUGAUCCUCUUGAAAAUGUCAAAUUAGGCCUUUACAUCAGCUGUACCUCAAAGGUUCAGGACUUUCAAUCUGGUGUUUUCUGCAUGGAUAUAGUCCCACAUCACAGUCCUCCAAAAUCCCAGUCAAUAGAGAAGAAACCCAAAAGACUAUCUUCUGUCACACCCUCAGAAGCUCCAUCUAAAAUGCUCACUCUAAGCUCUUCUGUAGACAACAAAAUCCCACGCACCAUCACUGGUGGUAAAAAUCUUCCUGAAACUCAGGAACGAUGUGAAGGUGGUCAAGUUCUACAUGUAUUGCAUAUGCAAAGUGGUCUUAUAGGUGGUGUUCCUAACACAUUCAACUCUCAAAAUCAAAAACAUGAUUGGGAUCAAGGUUUAAAAAUAUUCUCAAACACAACUAAGAUGCUGCUCCAGCAAGGUGAAGAUGGUAAUUCUGAAAGUUGUGGCCAGUAUGCGUUGGACCAUAGAAAGCUGCCUUCAACAAAACAAUCACUGAAAUCAGCCAAACAUAUUGUUGGGACUCCAGAGUUUGGAAUCUCUUACUUUUCAUUACCAAAUUUUUUACCAUUCCCUCACUUGUCAGAUUACUCAUUUUCUAUGGUUAACUUGAAAAAGCGCUGCAGGUCCUUCACUCAUUCUCCAAAACUUGCCAAGAGAAGAAAGAUUAGUCAAAAUGAAAAGCCAAACCCAAUUCAGCCGGUUUGCAGUGCUCCCUGGAUAAGACAGUACUCAUCUGUACUUUCCACCAUGUCAUGUUUACCAGUCUCCAAGGUGGGUUUUACAACAGAGAUGAAUAGUCAAACUGGGGGUAGCAUGUUAGCAGCCCAUAAGUCAUCACUGAAUGAAUCAUCUCUUGUGAAUCAGAUCCCAACGAGGCCUCCCCUAAAAUAUUUUACUCCCAGUACCCACUGUUUGCCUCAUCAAGUUGACCAACAGGACAAUGCUGCAAAGAAACCCUGUGUUAAGCAGUCACAUGAAUUGUCUCCAAUCAAAGAUCCAGUGGAAUCCCGAAUAACCACUUACUCAUCUGAUUUGGAACCUCCUCAGUUGGUUCCUUUUUUCCAUGAAGACCAUCAAAUCCAGCGCCAUCUGUUUCAUGAUCCUCCAGAACUCUUACCCUUUUUUAUCCAGACACCUGAAGAUACUUCCCAUACAUCAGUAAGUAAAGCCACAAACAGCUCGUUCCUGUCACACUCCGGAGCCUCUGUUUGCAUUGAAUCAGCUCUCCUCCCUAACCUCACAUGGUCCACAGCCUCCUCUGAGUCGGACUGGGAUUCUGGCCUCUUGUCGUGGUUUACGGCUGGAGUUCCUCUUCAGGCUAAAGGGGGACAUGAUGACCUGGGUCUGUUAUUACAAAAGCCACAUACUGGCAUGCAGGAUGGGAGCUAUACAUCACGAUUGUGCUCCAUACUGCAACCCUCUUGAUUCACAUUAUAAGGAUUGAAGUUCCGUUAAUCCGACAACUGCGACUGUUAAUGAAUUAAAUCCUAAAGCAGUUCUUUAUUCUCCUUUUUCAAUAGCAAUCAUUUUUUCAUUUCUACAGUUCGAUUAAGAUGACUACCACCAAAACGUGUGAAAUAAUACUUGAAUUAAUUGUGUUUUUUUUUUUGUUUGGUUUUUGUUUUUCAUAAAGAAGAUUUUAUUAUAGGAUUGUGCCUAACUCUGCAGCUAAUGUAUAAAUAAUUUCCACUUUUUUUUUCCCACACAUAUUAUAUUCGAUGAAGACUGCUCAAACUUUUUUUUUUUUUUUUUGGAUAAUGAAACCAUUUUACAUCAGUAUUGAAUUAUACUCUCCAUUCCACAGUGUUUGCAAUAUCUCACCAAAAACAAGAAAACAAUAAGUCUUAAUUACCAGCUGGCAAGGUUUUUUUUUUUUUUUCCCUUUUUCUUCGAGUGACCUCUAUGACUUCUCUUAUGGCUCUCUCUUGCCCUGAGUAUUGGCCAUGACUUUUCAGCAGGAAUAUCCGGGAACAUGGGCUGGUAUUGAGAAUUUAAUGAGGCUUUGCUGGAGGGGCAUUAUCCAAUUAGUUUAAGUGCUGUGUCUGGCAUCUCUCCAGUUUAGAGGCAGUGUCGAUUGUAGAACAAUGCCAUGGUGGUUUUUGGAGAACAUGCAGGAUAGGAUACACUGUGAAGGCAAAAAUGUCCUAUGAAGGUCUUUAAGGUACUUUGAGGUCAUUUUUAAAAGACUUUUCUCAUUUCCUGUAAAUGUGGAUUAGUGGAUGUGGUGGCAUGACUGGAACAGUUCAGUUAAUG